AUAUAGAUCUGGUAGAUUAUUUAGAAGGCACCCGCUGGACGCGCCGAAUUCUAGCCAUGGAGUCGAUUCUAGUCACGCCAAGUUAUUUCUAUCAUUCUUGUGACAUAUGCGGUUUCCAGUGCAAGAGCGGCGCGGGGCUGGCGAGUCAUAAACGCGCACACGCGCGUCGUGGUCAAUUUACGCCCGAGGAUUUGCCCGUACGCGGCCCGGUGAGAUUUUCUGCGGCUCCGCGUCCGGACGUACCGUGGGUUGCCGCUACGGUGCCGCAAGUCGCUUCGGAUCGGCAGCCCACGCACCACCCCGCACGAUCCUUGUUCCCGCCAACUACCAUCGGCGAAACCGCGGUAACUGAUGUCGCAUCGGAGGCCGCCCCGGCGGAGCUUCCGGCGCGCGUGCCCGCGAGCCCCGCCAAUCCGCGACCGAUCGUGGAAGAAGAGACCUCGGCUCGCGCGGAACCAAGCCCGUCCGACCAGAAGCUCGAAUUGGUGGUAAAGCCAACCCAGGCGGGUAAGACGUUUGAAAUGAUCGCCGGCAUCGUCGGCGACAUUCGUGUUCGGGGGCAGCACCAGACACACUUCGUGUUCGCGAUGAACACCAAGAUGAACAACGAACAGUGCGCCAAGCGGGUGGUGGAUGGGGUCACGGAACACCUCGGCGAAGCCUUUACGCAGAAGGUCGUGAUGCUGCAAUCCGGUCCGGCGCCUGACUGCGGUUGCCGGGCGGUGCAAACUUUCGAGGAAUUACUUGCUCUCCCGGAGCCUCCGCUCGUCGUUAUUUGUUGCUCGCAUUGGAAGCGGCUGAAUGAUGUUUACCAAUUUUUGGAAAACGUGAAAGACGCCCAGCUAGAUCCGCCUGCGUGGCCGGCGGAACGAUUGCGAUCCCAACUGGGUCGUUACUUUGGGCGGUACCUCCAGCUGCAGGAUUACAAGUUCAUCCUGCACCAUGACGAGUUGCACCAUUACUGCAGCCGUUGCAACGUGGAAGUGAACGGGAUGAAGAAAAAGCUCAGCGUGCGCAUCCAGGACGCGCUCGCCUUCAAUCCUAGUGUGCUCCGCGUGUGCGGUUACACCGCAACGCCGGAGCCAAUUUUUGCCGCGUGCGGAGGUCGGGAGAACGUGCAAUUGCGUCCGUUGCGAGCCGAGCGGCAACACAUGGAGGACUACAAGGGGUCCGCGCAGAUGCAGUUCUGUAUCGUCGAGCCAGAGCCGGAGAUGCACCCGACGGAGUACAGCAAGAUGGUCCUGACCAACCACACCCGCGCUUUUCUCUACCCUGGCGCGGCCCGGGUGUUUCUUCCCGCCAGCACGAAGGUUGACAGUCACGAAGAGCUACGGCAGUUUGUUUUUCGUUUGUUCCCGAACGCCGCGGUGGCGAUGUUGAACGGCAGGGAGAAGUCGCUUUCGUGGUUCCGGCAGGACGUGGACGUUGACGCCGUGCGUCACGACCCUAGCGUCGAUUCGUGGGUCAAGUGGGACUUGCAGCAGGUUAGAUCCCCGGACGGCCGCCCACUGGAAGUAUCGCAAAAAAUUGCCGAGGUCAUGCUUCGGAAUGAGUUACAGGAGCGCCCGCUGUUUAUCACCGGGUACCUGUGCCUCGGCAUGGGACAGACCCUGAUGGAUCCGCGGUUGGGAAAUUUCACCCACGCGGUCCUGCCCGACCGGACGCACAUGGAGAAGAUGUUUGGUUCGCCCACACCGGAGGUGCUCUACCAGGAGGCGGGGCGCGUCACCGGUCGACCAGAUCUUGGUUUAACCAUAGUGUACUGCCCGGAAGAAAUCCGGCAGAAUUUUGUUCGCGAAGAGGAAAAAGCCUUCGCAGUGAUGCAGGAUGCCUGCAUAUCCCGUGUAAACACAACCCCACCCCAGAGUUGUCAUGCAAUUCUGCAUGCCAAAAAAGUGCUUCAUGCAGAGCCCCAUGAGAAGCAUUGCCUAGUCGCGUUUUGGAAUUGGUGAUGCUAGAAUCAGCAUGCUAUGCUAGGUCUGUGAUGCUGCUGACCUACCUAAAACAGGACUACACUACGAGGGCAAACUUGUCAUGCCAAACAACCAAAGCUGGUCGAUUUGUGUAGCAGAUUUCCCAUCUUGACUCUGGUGUGGGGACGUUUUUAAUCAGGAUACUGCAUCGCCGGGGCUCUGGCGCGCCUGCAGGCGAACGCAGGCGUCGUUGGCACUGCCCGGAUGGAGCCAGCGGAGGUCCAGCACAUGACAUUCGCGAGGACAUACGGGAGACGACGAGCGGCGGCUACGCUAGUGAGAAAUUUUCUUCCUCGCCCUCUUCGGCGUUGGGUCGGCUAUUGCUAAAGCCCAUAAGAAGUAACAGUACAUCGGCCUACCUGCAUAGAACUCUGAACAUGAUUUUUUUGAGCAUAUUCUUCUCUUCAGGAACAGCAGAAGCAACGUGACUGCUAUACCCGGCAAGGUGGUGCACGGCGCCAGAUUCAGAUGGCGACUACGGCACCGGCAUUUCCUCUACGUGCGCUAAGGCGCACGUCGCAACAAUACAACAUAGAAAGUAGUUUGAAGCUCUAACACGGGUAGUAGUUCAGUACAUAGAUGUAGCAUGUCAACAUACAACAUGUAUUUUCUCGAGUAACGCGAUCCGAUAAUCAGUUCGCUGAAGAUCUACGUCCAUUGCCGACCGGCCUAAUGCUCGUUGAUCUUUCAAAAACCAGGAGCUAUCGACAAUUUAUGAUUGCUUCGCUUCUAGAAAGUCCAU